CGUAGAAUCGCUCGGUGCUAAGGGUGAAGCAGUUCUCACGCAUCUAUAGUGCUUUUUGUCAACAUUCAUCGUAUUGUGCUUUCGCUUGCAUUGUUGUUGUCAUGGAUUGCCGAACUGUGCUAUUUUUAACUGCGAUCCUCUUAUCGAUUCUGGCUGCGAACGUUGAAGGGCGCACUAAGAAGGUUGUGAUACACGUUCCUGUGAAGACGAAUAAAUUGAAGCACACGCACACCGUAUACAGAACGGUGCAUCAUCACCACACCCACCACAAUCUGCCCGACCAUGGCUCCUUUCCGGUCGAAGAGCACGAGCAUUUCCACCACUACGACCCACCGGAGCCUGAACCAGCUUUGUCUCACAAUGAGCCACUCAAUACUCUCGGAUUGAACGGGUUUCUACCCGAUGCACCACUUGAUGUCCAUGAUUUUAUUAAUCUAGAAAACAAACCGCUCAAGAUUCCAUUCAACCCACGGUAUGUACACCGAGGAGUUCCUUACCGACCAGGAUUUCUUAUGGAAAUAAAUUAAGAAUACCGUCGUCGGCCAUCUUUGAUUACCAUCUUGAAGUGUUCACGAAUUCCAUAGCUCAAGUAUUCUUGACUCAAAGAAUACGUAAAGAAGACACUGCCAUGUUGAAGACAUUACGGUGAAUUUCCACUGUCGUACCACAUGUGUUACAACAUUAUUACCAUACCUUUUAAUCAUUUUAACAAAAAAAAAACAGAGAUGACAAUAAUGUUUGAAUACAUGUUAUGAC